CUCAACAUGAACACUUCCUAGAGACUUCUGGGACGCCAUGAGGUCCAUGCUGUUUCUUCUCUUGACGUCUACGUUGGUCGGAACUUUGUUGGCUCAGUACCCGUAUCAGUAUGGAAUGUCCAGACAAGUCACAUUUCCUGCGUCUUACGCAAUGCCAUCCUGCCAGACACCUUGCCAGACACCCUGCCAAUGCUGUCCAACCUCUCGUGUGAGCGUAGUUCCCUACAACUACUGUCCCCCGCACUACUUGCAGCAGAACAUCGUACCACCGCCAUGCCCCGUCUACCAGCCAACCCCCAUCUACGUGCCGAUACCACCCCCGCCGAAGGACUGCUCCUGUGCCCACACCACGGGACAUCAGCAGUAUCCUGAACCCGGACAUCACCCAACAACCCGACCUCACCCGAACCACCCGUCUAUACCCGGACUCAGCGAUGCAGAGAGUAAAAAGUUACUCCCCCACUUGGCUAACUCCGGAAACCACCCAUGUGUCGUCCAGUCGGUCAUCGUCGGGGGGAAGAAGGAUCAGGAAAACGAGAAGGAGAAGGGGGAGAAAGACAAAGGCAAGGAAUGCAAGAAGAAGAAAGAAUGGAAGAAGAAGUGUUCCGAAGAAGUAGAAGAUGACGACCACGAAGACUGUUAUAGAAAGAGAAGACAUAGACGUAUGAGGAAGAAUCGUCGCCGGUCCUACUCAGAAUACGAUCCGUUGUACGAUGAGGAUUAUUACGAUUAUGUACGUCGUUGUAGCCAGUGCAACGGCGGUGGGGGAGCUGAUGUUAUCAUAACAAGUGGAGACCGUGGUAUCACCCCCUUUCUUUAAAAAUUAGGCCUAAUUUACUCGGGGAAAAUGUUUUAGAAGAAGACUGCUCUCAAAAAUGCAAUACAAUAUAAUCUCUUAGUCUUGUAACCAAAUCAAAUGUUUAACUGAUUGGAACAUGCUGUCUAAAUGUCCUAAGUACUUAAUAACUUUUGUAGUUUUAAAAACUUUGAGUUUUAUUGUACACAUGUAGAAAUAAAAAU